UCAGCUCCUGCAGGAGUCCAGGGACAGGAUGAUGGUGGAUGGAUCAGAACUGAGGGUCAGAGAUGUGGAGAGGCAGACGGCUUUGGGACUCACUUGGAGAGCAAAUGAGGCAGAAGGACUCGCGGGCCCGGCUCGCCAGCUCCAUCCUCAGGAACUCGAGGACCAUCAAGUUCCAUGGCUGGGAGGGAGCCUUUCUGGACAGAGUCCUGGGCAUCCGAGGCCAGGAGCUGGGCGCCUUGGGGACCUCCGGCCUCCUCUUCUCUGUGCCGCUGGUGUCCUUCCAAGUGUCUGCCUUUCUGGUGAUCUCACUCUCGUCUCUAUGCCGAGCAGGACUGGGGAAGGAGUGUGGGGGUCAGGAGGUGAGGUAGGCGGAGCCACCCAGAUUCUACCACCCUGUCCAU